AUGCGCGACGACGUCGAGGCGGUCGCGCGCGCGACGCCCCGCGCGUCCACCGGCGAUGCGAGCGCUUCUUUUUCGGUGUCGACCGUCGCAAAGUCGUUAGGGGACAGGGACGUCGUCACGCCGUUCGACGCGCGACGCGCGACGAUGCGGGCGCGCGGACACGCGCUGACGUUUGAAAACGUCACGGCACUCAUGCGGUCGUGCGCCGUGGCGGACGAGGAAAGCGCGAGCGGGGCGCAGCGCGGGGUCAGAGUGCGCGAAUACUUGCGCGCGCUCGAGCGGGCGACGACGCCGGGACGGAACGGUGGCGCGGACGCGCGAGAACGCGCGAGGGAAGCGAGCGACGAUAGGGACCCGCUGCGCGAACUCGCGAGAGAGUUGCUGCCGGAAUGGCGUCAUCAGGGAGAAUCUCCGGGGCCGAAAUUAAAGAUGCGCGACGGAAACGGAAGGAGAGUUGACGCGACGCGCGAGCUCGAGGAGACGAUCGCGAGGAUGUCGAACGAGGCGAGGGAAGCUGAAGCGGUGAAGGAUGAAGCGUUGCGAAUGAAAUCUGCGAGUUUGGCGGCGAUGACGACGGAGAACGAGAUGUUGCGAUCGUCGCUCGCUUCUGCGCGAGUGGCGAGCGAGGAAAUGGAGCGUCGAUUGUACGAAACCGAGGCGAAGGAGGUGGAGGCGCGUGAGACGCUACGCGAAUGCAUGGCGACUUUGCAUGAAGAGCAAAUGGCUCGAGAAAAACUCAGGGAAGAGCUCACCAAGGUGAGCGAAGAACUGCAUCGCGCACGCGCGGCGGCAGAAGAAGCGCUGUCAACGGAAAUGAAUUUAGAAUUGCGUAUAAGAUCGCUCAGAAACGGCGAUUUACUUGCAGCGCUUCGAGAGCGCGUCAUAGAGACCCAAAACGAGUUGAAACUGGAAGUGAAGUCACACGAUUUGGCUAGGCGGCGGUUCGCGCGCGAGUUGAUGAAGAAGGAGGCGUUCGUGUGCCGAAUCCGCGACAAAGCUCGUGCGCUCGGAAUGUGUUUGGAGCUUUUGGAGGAUCGCGAUAGUUUAGCGUCCGACUCUGAGACGGAUGAUUAG